AGGAGUAGCGCUUCUCCUACACACUCACCUUACCAUUACAGAGUAUAUAUAUCACUGCUAAAACCCUUAGCACUAUGAGCAGCUUCGCACUCAAACUUCAGCCUUCGCCUUCUCUUUCAUCUCCAAAGCUCAUUUCUUUCUUCAAUUUAUCUCCGCAUCUAUCUGCUUCCCGUACACUCAGAUCAACAUCUAGUAGAUUUCGUUGUGUGGGGAAAGUAACUGCAAAGCCGAUUUCAACCAUGACAGCUGUGGGGAGUGUCAAAGAGCAAUUAGCAAAAUUAUUUGAAGAAUCUCUUAGAGCAACGUUUCCUGAUGAAUCGGAUGUACAACCAAUGAUGGCUAUUUGCAACAAUCCCAAAUUUGGAGACUAUCAAUGUAACAAUGCCAUGAGCUUAUGGGCUAAAAUUAAAGGGAAGGGUACUCAAUUCAAGGGUCCUCAACCUGUUGGACAGGCUAUUAUGAACAAUCUUCCUCAAUCAGACGUAAUAGAAAAAUGUAGUAUUGCUGGACCUGGGUUUGUCAAUGUAGUAUUGUCGAGGGAAUGGAUUGCUCAGAGCAUCCAAAAGAUGCUAUUAGAUGGUAUUGAAACAUGGGCUCCAAAGCUUCCGGUCAAAAAGACAGUGGUUGACUUUUCAUCACCAAACAUAGCGAAGGAGAUGCAUGUUGGUCAUUUAAGAUCUACUAUCAUUGGAGACACCCUUGCACGUAUGCUUGAGUUUUCUAAUGUUGAUGUUCUUCGAAGAAAUCAUGUUGGAGAUUGGGGCACACAGUUUGGUAUGCUAAUUGAAUACCUUUUUGAAAAAUUUCCAAACUGGGAAGCCGCUAGUCCUCAAGCUAUUGGAGAUUUAGAGGCAUUUUAUAAGGCUUCAAAACAAAGAUUUGAUAGUGAUCCUGAUUUCAAGGAGAGGGCACAAAAGGCUGUAGUCAGUCUUCAGGGUGGGGAGGAGAAGUACAGAAAAGCAUGGUCACAGAUUUGUGAAAUUAGUCGAAAAGAAUUUGAAAAGGUUUAUCACCGACUUGGAGUACACUUGGAAGAAAGGGGAGAAAGCUUUUACAAUCCUUUUAUUCCAAAGACUAUAGAGCUUUUAAAUGAAAAGGGAUUGGUUGAAGAAAGUGAAGGUGCUCGUGUCAUCUUCAUUGAAGGGAAAAAAAUUCCACUCAUUGUUGUAAAGAGGGAUGGUGGUUACAACUAUGCUUCAACUGAUCUUACUGCUAUAUGGUAUCGCCUUAAUGAAGAAAAAGCAGAGUGGAUGAUUUAUGUCACGGAUGUUGGCCAGCGUGAACACUUUGAAAUGGUUUUUGCUGCUGCAAAACUUGCAGGUUGGUUUCCAUCUGAUGAGAAUGCAUAUCCAAAAGCUAGCCAUGUGGGGUUUGGUCUGGUUUUAGGAGAAGAUGGGAAACGGUUCCGAACUCGAAGUACUGAAGUUGUCAAGUUGAUUGAUUUACUUGAUGAGGCCAAGAGCCGGUGUAAAACUGCUCUUAUUGAAAGAGGCAAAGCGGCAGAGUGGACUGAAGAGGAGCUUGAGCAAACUGCUGAAGCUGUUGGAUAUGGUGCUGUUAAAUAUGCUGACCUGAAAAACAAUCGAUUGACCAAUUACACCUUCAAUUUUGAUCAGAUGCUUAGUGACAAGGGUAAUACUGCUGUAUAUCUACUGUAUGCACAUGCACGAAUCUGUUCAAUCAUCAGGAAAUCAGGAAAAGACAUAGAAGAGCUAAAAAAGACUGGGACACUAGAUUUAGCUCAUCAAGAUGAACGAACGUUGGGACUCCAUUUACUCCAAUUUCCUGAGGUUGUUGAAGAAGCUUGUACGAAUCUUCUACCGAAUUUAUUGUGCGAGUAUCUCUAUAACUUAUCUGAGGACUUCACAGGAUUCUACACAAACUGUCAGGUGGUUGGCUCGGCCCAGGAAACAAGUAGGCUCUUGCUUUGUGAAGCAACCGCAGUUGUGAUGAGAAAGUGCUUCCACUUAUUGGGUAUCACCCCAGUUUAUAAAAUCUGAUGACCUAUUUAUACUCACCCUCUUGAUACUUUUAAUGAUAUUGCUUUGUUAUUUCCUGGUAUUUAAACCAGGAAAUAUCUUUGCUUUAUACACAAACUUGCCUUUGUAAUUUUAGCACGAAAAUGCAUUAACUAGUUAUGAGUUUUUUGCCUGUUUCUAGAAUUACUUUAUGAGAGAUAAAGAAUCUGUUUAUUCUCUA